CCUCGGCGCGCGCGGACGGGGAUCCGGCCCCAGCUGCAAGGGGGAGCGGAGCGUCAUGGCCGCCUCGACACCGCCCCAGGUCGGGGAGCUGCUGGCCGAGGCCCGGCGGGCCUUCCGGGAGGAGUUCGGGGCCGAGCCCGAGCUGGCCGUGGCGGCGCCGGGCCGCGUCAACCUCAUCGGGGAGCACACGGACUACAACCAGGGCCUGGUGCUGCCCAUGGCACUGGAGCUGGUGACUGUGGUGGUGGGCAGCCCUCGCCCUGAUGGCCUGGUCUCCCUCCUCACCACUUCAGACGACGCCGACCAGCCCCGGAGGUUGCAGUUUCCCCUGCCCACAAGCCAGCGGGCCUUGGAACCAGGGACCCCUCGCUGGGCCAACUAUGUCAAGGGUGUGAUUCAGCACUACCCAGCGGGUCCCCUGCCUGGCUUCAGCGCGGUGGUGAUCAGCUCUGUGCCUCUGGGAGGCGGGCUGUCCAGCUCGGCAUCCCUGGAAGUGGCUACAUACACCUUCUUGGAACAGCUGUGCCCAGACUCCGGACCCAUAUCUGCUCGGGCACAGGUGUGCCAGCGGGCCGAGCACAGCUUCGCGGGGGUGCCCUGUGGCAUCAUGGACCAGCUGAUCGCACUGCUGGGGCAGAAGGGUCACGCGCUGCUCAUUGACUGCAGGUCCCUGGAGACCAGCCUCGUGCCACUGUCGGAUCCCAAACUGGCCGUGCUCAUCACCAACUCCAACGUCCGCCACUCCCUGGGCUCCAGCGAGUACCCAGUGCGGCGGCAGCAGUGUGAGGAAGUGGCCCGUGCUCUGGGCAAGGAGAGCCUUCGGGAGGUGCAGCUGGAGGAGCUGGAAGCUGGCCGUGAGCUGGUGAGCAAAGAGGGUUUCCGGCGGGCCCGGCAUGUGGUCGGGGAGAUCCGGCGCACGGCACAGGCUGCAGCUGCUCUGAGCCGCGGGGACUACCGGGCCUUCGGCCGCCUCAUGGUGGAAAGUCACAACUCGCUUAGGGACGACUACGAGGUGAGCUGCCUGGAGCUGGACCAGCUGGUGGAGGCUGCGCUGGCCGUGCCCGGUGUGUAUGGCAGUCGCAUGACCGGUGGUGGCUUUGGUGGCUGCACGGUGACCCUGUUGGAGGCCUCUGCUGCUGCCCGGGCCAUGCAGUGCAUACAGGAGCGCUACAGCGGCACAGCCACCUUCUACCUCUCACAGGCAGCCGACGGGGCUCAGGUGUUGAGCCUGUGAGAGCCAACCUUGCCCAGGCUCCUGGCGGGCACCGGGCGGGCGCUGGGCCAUGUGUCUGGAUGCUCCAGGCCUCUGGCACCAGAUCAAUAAACGUGGCUCAGGGGCUGGAGCAAUAACACAGAGGUCAAAGUAUCUGCCUUGACUUGGCAGACCCUAUGGGAUGCUGUAGGGUUCUCUGAGCCUACCUGGAGUGAUUCCUGAGUGUAGAGCCAGGAGUAAGCCCUAUGCACCACC